GUGUGCACAGCGCAUUAAUCCAGAAAUUUUUUAACGGAAAAAUGCAUUAUGUAGUAUAUUGUACUAUGUACACACUACACAGUACGACGAACGUUAUAAUAUGUUGUGUUUGAUGAAGUUUAAGAUUAUAAGUUUUAUUAUUAAGUUUCAAGUAUAUCAUUCUUUUUAAUAAUACCAGAUUUUAUUACAUUUUAAUUAAUUUACACUUUGAAUAGAAAAACUAACAAUGGAGCAAUCUAUGAAUAUGUUGGCUAUUUGGAAAGACUUGGCACAAUUAACUCAGAAUUGCUUUAAAGAUAUUCAAAAUUGUUUUGAGCAACAGACUUUAAAAUUAGACGUCGUAUAUAAUGACUUCUUAACAUCUGUGCAAAAAGAUCCAACAUUGUAUGCUCCUGAAAUCAAAACAUCAAAAAGACAAUCUAAAGCAAAAAAAUCAAAUAUUGGAGAUCUAUUUUGUGAACCAAGUUUUCAACCACCAGCAAUUCCACCUGUUCGUAGAACUAAAAGACAGGCGUCUAUUGCUGCUGCAGGUAAAAUGAAAAGUUUGAGAAAAUCUUCGGGAAUUAGUUCAUCAACAAGAGCUAGUAGAGCUAGAGCAAUAUCUACGUUAAUGGAUAUAACUACAAUGGAUUUCCCUAAAGCUAAUUCAACAUUUGUUGCAAGCAAAAAAUGUAAUGAUAAUAUUGAAGAGUGUUUGUCUCCGCAGUUGUUCUCUCCCGAGAAUCAAAAUGAGACUUAUAUUAAGCCAAGUAAUCCAAAUGAAACAUAUAAACUUACAAAUGAAAACAGUAAUACAACAACAACUAAAGAAAUUAAACAGACUACCAAAAAAAAAAGUGCUGUAUCUAAAAAAAAAAGUUCUAAGAAACGCUCAUCAUCAGAUUCAGCGAUAAAUGUUGAAAGUAUAAGUGAAAGCAAUCAAACAUCUUCAUCGAAAGAAAAAAGUGAAGAUAACAACAGUAAUGUUGAAGAAACAACCUCACUUCAUAUGACUAGAACAAAAAAACGAAAAAUUGAGAAAGAAGAACAAAAUACAGUAAAUGUUAUACGAGUGCCUUUGGAAAAGCAAGUUACACUUUUAGCAAAACCAAUUGAAGUCGCUCAACCAACUAUUCACGAUAAAGUAAAUGAAGCUGAAAAAAGAAAAGAAAAGUAUCUCAAGAGCAAAGCCGAUCAAACGAAAUUUGAUGAGCAACACUUAAAAGUUGCUAAACAACGAGAAGAGCAAUUUAAACGUAUAGAAGAAAAAUUGAAAAAAGCAGCUGAAGAUAAAAAGAUAAAGGAAGAAAAACAACGUGAAAAAGAGUUAUUGAUAAAAGAAAGAGCAUUACAAAAGCAAAAGCAAGCAGAGCUUCGAUUGGCAGAAAUUAAUGCUAAACGUAAACAAGCUGAAGAAUUGAAACUGAUGAAAUUGCAGCAAAAAGCAGAAGCGGAACGUUUAGCUAAAAUUAAAGAAAAUGAAACUAAGAAAAUUGAAAAAUUUAUUCCAAUAUCAUUAAAAACUACACAAUCCAAUUUGCCUAAACCACUACCUAUUAAACCAACAGUACCUUUAAAAUCCAAAAUAAACCAAAUUAAAAAGCUUGUAACCAGUGAUGAUUAUGGUUUAAAUGAUAUAUCUGCUCGUGAUUCUUCUGAAGAUGAAUCUGGACCUAAAAAACCAGUUCCAGAUUGGGCAAAACGUGGAAAUAGAAAAGUUGUACUUGAACUUCAGUAUCACAUUGACUCUAAAAGUAGAGAUCUAUUUUUUGACUGCCCUAAGCAAUUUAGUCUUAAAGAAAUGUUUAAAGGCUGGAAUAUUCGUGAUCGUCAACGAACUUCAAGUGCUGUUUGGAAUACACCUAUAAGAUACAGUGAAUACUUACGUAAACAUUAGUUUUUUUUAUACCUGUUUAAAUGAAUUAUUACUUUUAUUUACUUCUUAAUAUACUAGAAUUAAUUUUUUGGCGAUUUUUUAUGUGUUGUCAGUAUUUUAAGACAGAAUAAUCAUUUCUUUUGUUUAGUUAUUUUUUGACGAUAAUUUUUUAAAUCUUAAUU